AUGGUGAAGCGUAUUCACGAAGGCCACAUGGGCGUGGAAAAAUGUCAACGUCGUGCCCGUGACGUCAUGUGGUGGCCCGGGAUGAGCACUGACAUCCAGCACGCGGUGCAGGACUGCGACACGUGUCAGCGGCACCGCGUGGCCAGCCCUCGGGAGCCGUUUGCGCCGCACCCCGUGCCGGCGCUGCCGUGGGAAGUCUUAGCGGCAGACAUAUUUGAGUUGCAAAAUAAAUACUAUUUACUCGUAGUAGAUUAUUAUUCUAAAUUUGUCGAAGUUGUUAAUCUUUCCAAUUUAACUAGUGCGUCAGUUAUAAAUGUAUUCAGAGAUAUUUUUAGUAGAUUUGGAAUUCCAAAAAGGCUCGUGACUGACAAUGCUGGCCAAUUCUGCUCGGAACAAUUUCACACAUGUAACGAGUUCUCCGUUGUAUCCCCGGUACAACGGGCUCGCGGAACGGAACGUUCGGACUAUAAAAGCUAUGAUGUGUAA